AUGGAAUGGUCAAAUGAAAUGAGUCUAGAGUUUUUGAAGCUGUAUGAACAAGAGCCAUCGAUUUGGAACCCUAAAAAUCCAGAUCACAAAAACCGUAAUUUGGUUAAUGACGCAUGGGUAAGGAUAAACAACACACUCAGUUUUUCAUCCACUAUUCAAGAGCUUAAAAAAAAAAAAGACUCUUUGAUGGCUAGUUUUAGACCAUUAUUGAGCAAGGUGAAAAGUAGCAUGAAAACAGGAAGUGGCGCAGAUGAUGUUUAUAAGCCUAACUGGUUUGCUUUUGAAACAAUGGCCAAAUUCUUGGUUAGUGUAUAUCAGCCAAGACCUACAAUAAGUACACAAGUAAGCUUUAUUAUAAUAUCUUAUUACUAUUACAUACAUAAGCAUGUACAGGCAUUAGUACAGACACAGACCUACAUUACUACCCCAGUAUAA